AUGGAGGUAUUCACAACAGUCACACCCAUUCAAUCUAUUCAAGGAGUGCUCACCAUCACAGCAGUCCAAAACUGGGAAAUGGAUUCUAUUGAUGUAAAGCAAGCAUACCUAAAUUUGACAAUACACCAUGAUGUAUACCUAAAGCCUCCAAUUGGAAUCAAAAUACCACCCAGAAAAGCCCUGAAGGUAGUGAAGGGACUGUACAGCCUGAAACAAUCAGGCUGUGAGUGGAAUAUCGAGCUAGAUUCACAUCUCCAGACAAUUGGAUUUCAUUGCAUGCCAAGCACACCAUGCCUAUACUCAAGAGGAACAGGCAAUAGAAUCACAAUCAUCACAGCAUAUGUAGAUGAUAUGUUGAUAACAUUGCCCAGUCAUAACAAGGUGGAUCAUACUAAGCAAGAGAUCAUGGACAAAUGGGAGAUGGAGGAUAAUGGCAAAGUCAAGGAGUUUCUGGGGAUCAAGAUCACUCACUAUAGGGGGCAGAGGAGAAUAUCUCUGGAUUUAACUGCAUAUGUUAAGGCAAUGGUAAGCAAAUGGUUAGGGGGAACAAAUGAAAAAUCAUGGAUACCCAUGCUGAGUGUGGCAAGAGUUGCUGGAGGCAAGAAGUGUAACCCUCAACAAGUGAAGCAAUACCAAGAGUUGGUUGGUCAACUAUUUGCAUGGAAAGCAGCCACUCAUAUGGUGAAAUAUUUGAAUCAGACAAGUGGAUACCAGCUGCAUUUAGGAGGUGGAUCAGGUGAACUUGCAAACAAACCAGUGACAACAUAUACCAACACAAAUUGGGCAUCAGAUCCCACAAAUGGGUGGAGGAGUACCUCAGGGGCAAUAAUGUAUGUGUAUGGAUGCCCAGUCAGCUGGAAGUCUCACAUUCAGAAAUGUGUGGCAUUGUCUGUGGUUGAGGCAGAAUUCAUUGCUGCUUCCAAAGCAGUACAAGAAGUGUUGUUCUUCUCAUAUUUGCUUUGGGAUCUGGAGUUCACAGAUGUUCAACCAACACUCUACACAGACAGUCAGGAAUGUAUCCAGGGUCUCAACACCUCUCAAUUAGCUAGGAUGAUAGGAUUGGAGAUACUGCCAAGGGGGGGUGUUGAAGAUGUGUCAGCAUCCCAAGAAGAAUGCACAAGCUAUAGCUGGGACACCAAGGGACCAAAUGCAUGCAUAAGCAAUGAACACAAUAAGGCACAUGAAGGUUGCCAUACCAAUGGCUCAGGGGCAUCACAGAAAGCAGCAACUCAGGGGGUUACAAAAGAGGUGACUCAUCUGGCUCAGACAUGA